AUGACAACGUUUCUGGCAACAACGCAGGCAACAGAAACUUCCCAGUCCUUUAAAGAAGAGCCCACUCCUGCCGUUGUUCUUGCAAAAUAUCAUCAUAAUGCUGAUGAUUUUCCUGCAUCAUCAAAACAUCUUGCAUUCGCAGAAGAUGACAGUCAAAGCGAUGAAGAUGAUGACAACGACAAUGAAUUCAUUCCAAUCUAUCAUUAUGAAACAAUUGAACCACGAAUGGGUGGCAAACGUUCCGCAGAUGCAGCAAGUCAUUCAACUGGCACUAAUGGUGAAAAUCGCAACUGGGCUAUUCCGUAUCGAUUCGGUAAACGAGGUGCGAUGCCAUACCGUUUUGGAAAACGAGCUGCUAUGCCCUACCGAUUCGGUAAACGCGCUGGCAUGCAUUUCCGACUUGGAAAGAAGAGCGCCGCUUUGUAA